AAAUUAAAUGCGAGAAAAUAGAUGAUCUUCCACCUUUUAAUUUUAGUUUCAAAGCGCCGGAAAAUCUGGCAAGUAUUUUUCCCCAGGUUCUCGAACGGUUACGAGGGAACUCUCCAUUUCCUCGUGAACUUGAAGACGCCAUAUUGGUAAUUUUGCCUCCGUUUCUGAAGAUUAUUCGACAGAGAAACCCAUCCUCCAAACAAAAGAUCAGUGUCCUGUGGCAGUAUGUCGAGCACGGCCAAGAGGUCUGGCCGGUCUGUCAAGGUAAAGCUGCAGCAAGAUGACACUGAGGACACACAGACAGGUUCAGUCGAGUCCACGAAAAAGAUGACAAGAUCGUCGGUGUCUGCUGCGAGCGGCGCCCAGUCCCGUACAGCUGCUCAAGGCUCUGUGGGGAACCCCCCCAAAAGGGGAAGGCCGGCCGCAGCCAAAGAGAAAAUCCUUCCCAAGAAUGGUACCGGUCAUGCGGAAAAGCUGGACUCAAAGGGUGACAAUGUUAAUUCCACUGGAAAGAGUAAAGUGACUCCGGGAAAGAAAGACACCUCAAGCAAGAAGUCUACUGCCAGCUCUCCUGCCACCUCUGCUGCUCUCAGGACGGACGUCAAAGCUAACGAUGAGACAUUAACUGUAGACAUGCCAUCACCCAAAGUGGCGGCAAAGGUUUCAAGGACAGGCACAAUGCCAAACAAGAGUGGCAGUGGGAAGAAAGAAGUAAACACAGGAGUUGAGACGAGCAAAGCCUUGAGUGUGCCGAGCUCUGUGACCCCUGUGACCCCAGUCCGGCGCAGUGGGAGGGCCCCGGUGCCGUCCAGCAGGUUCAAGGACAUGGAAGUACUGACCAGUUCACGGAAGAGGUCUGCGGCUGUGGAAACCGGCGCAGACUCGGAGAAAGAAGCCAGCGCACCCCGAGCAAAAAUCCGUAAAACAAACAAAGAAGAGAAGAGGAUAUCUACCCUGGAGCUGCCAGCCAACAUGGUGGUCACGUCUCAAGAGAAAACUUCCCGCUCAGACAUUGUGACAGAGCCGGUGACCGCGAGCCCCAGCAAAGAGUUGUCCCCCUCGGCACCAGGCUCGCUCGUUGAUGGGGGCAGUGAGCGACUUCCUGCCGCGGGGACUGAGGUGAUGGAGCGGGUGGAAGAGAUGAGUGUAGACGUCAGUGUGGUGGUCAGUGUGGUCCAGGGGGAGGAAGUUGUGGCGGCAGACGGCCUGGACUGUGAGGAGACGGUGGUGUCUUCCUCCGUGCACGGGCAGGAAAAGUGGGCGCAGGAGGGAGCGGUGCAGGUGCAGGAGGGAGCGGUGCAGGUGCAGGAGGGAGGUACAGUACAAGUACAGGAGAUAGUGACGAGUGUGGGGACAGCGUCGGAGGAGGAGAUAGAGACAAGCGUGGAGCCGGAGGUUGUGCAGGAGGAGAUAGAGACCAGCAUGGAGCCAGAGGUUGCACAGGAGGAGAGCGUGUCGCUCAGCGGUGGCCCCGACCAGAGCAGCGUGGUGGGUGAGCACGGGCAAGCUGUGACACUACAAACCACUGAUGUGUCUGAUGUCGCCACUGUCACGCUGCAGACCUCCGACGUGUCGACUGUCACGCUACAGACCUCCAACGUGUCGACUGUCACGCUACCAACCACUGAUGUGUCGACUGUCACGCUACAGACCUCCGACGUGUCGACUGUCACACUGCAGACCUCUGACGUUCCCGCUGUGACGCUUGGCGACAGUCAGUUGGUCAUCGUGAAUGAAGACGGACAAAUCAGUUCUGCUGCGUCGGCCGGCCCUCAUUCAGCUCGCAGGCCCCACUUGCAGCAGGAGUCGGGCAAAGAGAGUAGUGAGGCUCCGGGAGAACAAUUCCAACUAGACACCGAGCACAUGACCUUGACAAGAAAAGACGGGCAGCACAUGACCUUGACAGGAAAAGAUGGGCAGCACAUGACUGUCAUCGCGUACCCAGCCCCCGGGGAACAGACGUCGGGCGGCUCUGCUCAUCUAGAGAGGAAGUCCAUACAGGUUGAGAGUGGGCAAGGCCCUGACUGCCAGCAGGUCGGGAUACAGGACCAGGCAAACAGCAGUCAGCACGGCUAUAUUGUGAGGGAGAUGCAUAAUCCCCCCUUUGCCACAGUGCUCACAGAAGACGGAACCACAUACCUGAAUCUGUCGGUGGAAGCGACAAAAAUUUCCAGUAUUCUGAAAGAACGUGUGGCUUCGAGUCCUUCCAAGCCCGUCAAUCCGGCCAAGGGCCACGGGAGAGUUCUCAAGCCAGAGAACUCGUUCAACAUGAUUCUGAAACAGGCGAUCUCUCCAGCUGCUCACACGGCCACUGCCACCCCCCAGGUGAAGAAACCAGGACAGAGUUACUCCCUCCUGACCCCCGGUCCUGCGAGUGUUGCUGGCGAGAAGAAAGAUUCGGAGACGGUGACAACAAAUGGCGGCCAUGUUGGAGUAGCUUUGCAUGGCUCCAUCCAACCGCCUCGGAGCGGUGGCUCGCCCCACAAUGUGUUGAUCUUGUCUCCCCCGUGUUCUACAAGCUCUGCCGCUGUACAGGAGGCUCAGGCCGGGGUCUCUGUGGCCGGACAGCACGGCCAGGCCGGGGUCUCUGUGGCUGGACGGCACGGCCAGGCCGGGGUCUCUGUGGCCGGACGGCACGGCCAGGUGGUCAGGGAAGAGGCGGAGGUUGUGAAAGAGACGCCAGCGGCCGGUCCAGGUGCUGCUGCCCCUGGCUCAAGUGGCCCCACCGUCAUUCGCAUCACCAAACUGCCUCUGGGAUCGGAAACAGCCGCGGUAGAGGAAGUUGUCGAGAAGGCUGGGAGUCCACAACUCAAGUCUGUGGUCAUUCCUGGGAAGCUGACCGAUGCAAAUCCCAAAACGGCGUCGGAAAUCUUGAUACAGCGCUUCAAAGAACAGCGCAAGUUUAUCAUUAAAGAGUCUGCAAACACAGACAAGCUUAUUCAUGAGUCAAGUGCUAGCGCAGGUUCUGUGAAACAACAGGACUCUGGUGGCAGGAAGUCGGAGGUAGGUCCCUCCCCCUCGCUAGCGUCUCCCCAAGCACUGACCACCGUGUGCGACCAUGCCUACACGGGGAGCCACACCCAGGGGCCGUCGGCUGAGGUGGCCGGCGAGACGAGUGACGCGGGGACUCAGCUUGUUGAAGAACCUGCUGGUGAUAAGACGGAGGCCGGAGUAGAGGAACCCGAACCACCGGCGUCUGGCCCGGCUGACGCCUCAGAGCAGGGCACGGAGCUGUACGAGAACACAGCAGUCGCUGAGUCCUCAGAACUGUCGUCUGUGACAGAGAAUGUGCUGGCUUUAGAGCCCGGCGUGGCGGAGGUUGUCGCUGUGGUCAAAACUGAACCCCAGGAGGAGGAAGUGUCGCUGCAGGAGGAUGAGAGGAAGGAAGUGUCGCUGCAGGAGGAUGAGAGGAAGGAAGUGUUGCUGAAGGAGGAUGAGAGGAAGGAAGUGACGGAGAAGGAUGAGAUUGUCACGGGGAAGCUGGAGAACUUGGGAAAGGUCCGGAUCUUGGACAACGGCGUGGAGUAUGAGGUGAAGAUUGUGUCGGACGGGGAAGUGCUGGUGGAGAGUGACCAGACUGCUGCCCCGAGUGGAGCGGGAGAUCUCCGUCUGAAGCAACAAGUGCUGGAGGAGGAACAGGUGGAGCUGGCAGAGACCACCACGGGGGAACACACCGGGGACAGCGGGAAACAGACGUCCAGCACCCAGACGGUGUACACCUCUGCGGGAGAAGUGCUGAAGAAACAAGUGUUUACAGCCAACUCGGGCCCCAUCCACAAACUGGCCACUGUGGUCAACGAGGACGGCCAGAAGAGACAGUACUACUACGUGUCCGUUGUCCCCAACAAGAAGUUUGACGUCAAGUUCAAGGCCCCUAGUCCCAGAACGGCGGCCACCUCGUGUGUGGUGAACGAGAACGGCCUCUACUGCUGCGGCAAGUGUAACUACAAGACGGACCGCAAGGCUAACUUCUACAAGCACCGCAGACUUCACACAGGCUCCAAGCCCCACAACUGCCCGGUGUGCAAGUACAAGGCGGGCACCAGCAGCAACCUCAAGCGACACAUGGGCAUCCACGAGGAUAUCCGCCAACACAAGUGCACCAUCUGUGGCCUGUGCUUCCGUCAGAAGAUCCACCUGGAACGUCACAUCAAGUACAAACACGAGGAAAAGCGUGUCAAGUGCCCGCUGUGUAACUACGUGUGUGCCAACGAACAGCCGGACCUGCGCAUGCACAUCAAGCGGAAACAUUCCAACGCCACGUCUGGCGAGGUGUGCAUCUGUCCCGAGUGUAACGCGGAGCUGAGCAGCAAGAAAGACUUGAAGCAGCACAUGAAGUUCCACAAAGACGGGCCAGAGCUCAAGCUGUUCUGCAAGGAGUGUAGCUUCGUCACCGACUGUCAGAGUCGGCUGAAGCGCCACGCUGCCAUCCACGAGAAAGUCAAGCCCUUCAUGUGUGGCAUAUGCCAGUAUCGCGCGGCACAGAAAGAACACGUUUUGAGACACCUCAGGACACAGCAUAAGAUUGAGGUGAAGAAGGAGCACAAAAGAGAUUCGCCAAGCUGAUCAACCUGUACAAACACCUGCACACCCAGCACAGCGACAUCAUGCCUGCAGAGAAGGAGGGCAACUACUACUGUGUGGUCUGUGAGUUCUCCACCACCACCAAGAAGAACCUGCUGGUGCACAUGAGGAGACACAACCUGACAGACCAGACCCCGCCCAGCCACGUGUACUCGUGUGUGCUGUGUCGCUACGUGAACCCCCGCCGCCGUAACCUCUUCCAGCACAUGAGGAAAAAACACAACAUUGACAUCAGCCAGGCCGGGGGGGAGGGGGAGGGGGAGGACACCUCUCAGGACAUGGACGUGACCGUGGUCAAACAGGAGAACGCCCCCACGACCACCACCACCGCAGCGACGACAACCACCGGUCUGCCGGGGACAGCCACGGAGCACGAUUCUGUGCCUCUAGUGGUCGACACACGGGACAGCAGUGUCAGGGUCGUAGGCGAGGAGUUUGCGGGCGUGGCCAACAUGAUCAAGAUAGAAGACUUGACCCGUGUCCAGGGGGGGACGGAGAGUAUCGUGGACCCGAGUAAUCUGGUGAUUGACACACGGGGCGCCCCGGAAUCGCAGGGGGCAGGGGACCAGACGGUAGUGCAACAUCAGACGGUGGUACAACAUCACUCUGUCGACGCCAUCGAAGGUCUACAGGCCUUGGCCGAGCAGGCGGGGCUCAUUGACAACAUCAUAGAGGAACAGGUCACAGCAGAGGUACCUGUCCUGGACGGCCAGCAGACGGUGGUGGUGGAGCAGCGGCCAGGCAGUCAGGGGGAGAGCAUCGCGGUGACGGGCACGGCGCUAGCAGACGGCAGCAUCAUCAUCUCAGGGGACGGCUCGCUGCUCACUGAGGGCACG